CCAGUUGAGGCCUGCGCACGCGCAAGCCCGACGCGUAUACUUUAAGUUACAUUGUUAGUUUUGGUGCUGUUCUAUUUUAUUAUUUUUGAAAAAACUGAGGACUUACAAGAUACAGCCAUAAUGUUAGAAGGAACGGGAAUAAAUCCACCCCCACAAAUGACGAGAGUGUUCGACAUCGCGAAGGACACCGUCCUUUUCCUCGUCUUGUCAUGUUACUAUAUUUUAGAAUCCCUAUUCUGGACUCUAGUGCCUAAUGCUAUAAGACCUAUGAAGAGUUUAAAGGGAGACGUGGUUCUAGUGACCGGAGGGGCGGGAGGGGUGGGGAGGCAGCUGGCCAUCAAGUUGGCAAGGCUUGGAGCGAAGGUAGUCAUAUGGGAUAUCAGCUUAGAAGGUUUGCAGAAGACUUGUGCAGAUGUGACACAGGAGGGCUACGAGAUAGCCAGUUACGUGGUGGACUUAGCUGAUAGGGCGGCGGUGUACGCGGCCGCUGAAAGGGUUAAAAAGGAGGUUGGAAAAGUGGACGUGCUCAUCAACAAUGCGGGCACCGUGUUCGGCCAGACUUUGUUGGAGCUUUCAGAUAACGCAAUCGAGACCACAUACAAAGUUAACAUCUUAUCGCAUUAUUGGACGGUAAAAUCCUUCCUCCCCGACAUGAUAAAGACCGGCAAAGGGCACGUAGUGACUGUGGGGUCAGUGGCCGGUCUGCUGGGCACCUACCGCUGUACGGACUACAGCGGCACGAAGUUUGCCAGCGUGGGCUUCCACGAGAGCCUGUUCACAGAGUUGAAGGCGCACGGGCACCACUCAAUCCACGCGACGCUAGUUUGCCCGUCAUACAUCAACACGGGCAUGUUCCAAGGGGUGACGCCUCGUCUCUCAGGAAUGCUGGAGCCGGGGUAUGUGGCAGAAACCAUGAUCGACUCCAUAAGGAAGAACGAGGUCAAUUGCGUCAUGCCCGGCUUCGUGCGGUAUCUGCUGCCUCUUAAAUGCCUCCUUCCUGCAAAAAUGUGCUGGGACCUCAUGUAUAGAGUCAUGAAAGGACCACAAUCUAUGAUGGACUUCAAGGGCAAGCCUAAAGUGGCUGGUGGCUAAGAGAACAAAAUUGUGCACAAUUUUUUGUUAGAUCUUCAUAAUGGAAAUUAUUAUUGAAGAAUUUAUUAAGUGAAUUAAGAAAAGUAGAAUUGGAUCUAUUUUAGUUAAGUAUUUUAAUUACAAAUUAGGUAUGUAAAUAAAUAAAAUCUUUUAAUCGGAUCAAUUUAGCAGCAAAAAUGUACGUUCAAAUUUAUAUGCAUACUUUGUAAAUGUUGAAAUGAGUGUUAUUCGCGUGUUAUUGAAUUCAUAAUGCGUUAUGC